UUCCAUGGUGAUGGGCAUCCCCACGGUGAAGCGGAAAGUAAAGUCAUACCUGUCAGAGACGCUUCAUUCACUCAUCGAUAAACUCUCGGCGGAGGAGAAGCUUGACUGCGUCAUCAUAGUGUUCGUGGGAGAGACGGACAUAGAUUACGUAAACAGUGUGGUUGCAGGCCUUGAAAAAGAGUUCUACACAGAGCUGAAUUCUGGGUUACUGGAGGUCAUAUCUCCCCCUGCCAGCUACUACCCAGACUUCAGCAACUUGAAAGAGACCUUUGGUGACUCAAAGGAGCGGGUGAAAUGGAGGACCAAGCAGAACUUGGACUAUUCCUUUCUAAUGAUGUAUGCCGUGAACAAAGGGGUCUAUUAUGUCCAGUUAGAGGAUGACAUCGUUGCCAAGCCCAACUAUUUUGCCACCAUGAAAAACUUUGCUCUACAACUCGCCACUGAGGACUGGAUGAUCCUUGAGUUUUCACAGCUGGGCUUCAUUGGUAAGAUGUUCCAAGCCCCAGAUCUAAAUCUUAUUGUGGAGUUUAUCUUCAUGUUUUAUAAGGAGAAGCCCAUUGAUUGGCUCCUGGAUCACAUACUCUGGGUCAAAGUAUGCAACCCAGAGAAAGAUGCCAAACACUGUGAGAGACAGAAGUCGAGUCUGCGCAUUCGUUUCAGGCCCUCUUUGUUUCAGCACGUAGGCCUACACUCCUCCCUCGCUGGGAAAAUCCAGAAACUCACGGAUAAAGACUUCCUGAAACCUCUGCUGCAUAAGAUUCAUGUGAACCCGCCGGCGGAGGUGUCCACCUCUCUAAAAGUGUAUCAAGGUCAUACACUUGAGAAGACAUACUUGGGCGAGGACUUUUUCUGGGCCAUUACUCCAAUGGCUGGAGACUAUGUUCUGUUCAAGUUUGAUCGGCCCGUCUACAUAGAAAGGUUCCUUUUUCGCAGCGGAAACCAGGAGCACCCAGGAGACAAAAUAGAGAACACUACUGUCGAGAUCCUGCCCUUUUCGGACGCUGAAUCGAAGACCAAAGAGAAGUACAAACGAACAGAAGAUCGGUUCUAUAAGCUUGCUCAGUUUGAGAAAGGAGUGGCAGAGGGGACGGUUGACCCUGCCUUCAACCCUGUGGUGGCUGUUCGUCUAAAGGUCCAGAAGGACUCCGCCGUGUGGGCCAUUAUUAGCGAGAUCCAUAUCAAGAGGAUACCUGGGUAACUACCUGAAUGUCUCCAGUGCUUGAGGCCCUCUGGUCACCUAGACAGGGACGUGCUGCUCGCAUCUCCAGCGGAUUGAGUGACCCUCACAUUAUCAGAGUGCGUGGAGGAACCCUAGUUUUAUGUUCUUCACCUCUUAAACUUGACUUUUUCCUCUUUUUUUCUUCUUCCUCUGGUAGUUUUGACAUUCUCUCUUCUCUUCUACUUGCCUUGGCCUCUGUCGUCAGACUUCGUUUGACCUUUAACUUUCCCCUGAAUUAUGUUGUGUGAAUGUGACUACUACUGUACAGAAAAAAACAAACAAACACUUUUUGACAGAAUGUUUCCAGACACUAAAUUUGUGUCGUGAAGAAUUGCAAUCAUCGCUGUCAUUAAGGUUUGAAGUUCAGGAUUCAAAGCUGCACCAAUGCUGGAUAAUAAGUUAAUAUGCCCUACUGAUGAAGAAUAUCCUCAGCGCUCUGCCGUCAUGGAUUGUAACUGACCAUAAACUUUGGGUCAGAUAAACACGGCUGGAUUUCAGCUUAGAGAUGAACGAGUGGGGUGAAAGAAAUGUUUAGGUUUUAGGCCGUUGGUGCCAGUUUAUUAUUUUAUUGACUGCUUUGCCAAAAUCUAAAAACAAACAGCAUAUGUUUUCUGGUCAACAGAAGUGGCUUUUCUUCCUCUGUGUUGGUUUAGUGUCAACGAAUCAAUCAUGGCUUUCAAUCGGAAAGUUUUUAAUUGCUGUUACUAUUAUUAUGACGAUCUAUGAAGGUGAAUUAAUUUAUUUGAAAUAAAUCUAAUUUGUACAAAAGGUAAAUGCUUUCAUUUUAUAUUCUUUGGAAAUGUAUGAUGUGGCAGAGAAUUUAUUGUGGCUUAAAGUCGAGUGAUGGUUGAUGUUUGUAUCUUUGUGUAGUUGAGAAGGGUGCAGGGCCGCCCACCUCUGUGCCUUAACAUCCAGCGUCCCAGUAGAGGGCCUGGUAAAGGACUGCCUUGUGCCCCGUGUCAAUACGCUUAAGUCAUACAAUAGGACAGUUUGUUAGAUGCUUGAUUUAAGUGAGACGUUCAAGUUUAGAGCAUGGCAUGUCCGUGCUUACGUUUCAGAAUCUUUCAUGUCUUCAUUUGUUCAUUGAGCAUUUUCCAUCUCAAAUAGUCCGCUUUCAUCAUGUCUGUCAGAAAAGUUCUCAUUUCUAUGCUGUAUUCAUAAGAUACUUAUCUGAAUGUUCAGUAAGUCGUGAUGAAGUCCAGAUGGAAUCUGCUGAUUUUUUUUCUGCACCGAAUGAAUUUAAAUGUGGUGAAAUGUGAUUAAGGAAGCUGAGGGUACUUGCGUAUCUGAAAGCACAAUCUACAGAGACCCUAAAUGGACAUGGUGAUGGGGAAAUAAAAUAAAUGAAAAAUUAUAUUUCAGUGCUUUGCUUCUCUCACAAAAUGUUCGCAUUCCACCAACAAACUUUGUGUUCUCAGAAAUGUUUGCAUCUCCUGACAAACUUUGUGUUCGCUCGCAAAACUUUUGUGAUGGAAAUGUAAGGUAGGACCAAGAACUAUAUUUCAAUACUUUGCGAGAGAAUGCAAAAGUUUUGCUAGAUAAUGAAAAAGUUUUGUGAGCGAAUUAAUUUUUUGGGGGGUAAAACGCAGUAAUUUUUGCAAAUUAAUGUAAAAGUUUUGUGAGCAAAUGUAAAAUUUUAGCAAUUUUACAAGCAAACUUAA